ACCACAAACUGAAAACAAUAUAUAAUUCAGCAAGUUACCACUUACAUUUUAGAUUGUUUAUUGAGUUAUUUUCACAAAAUAGAGAUAUAAACAAAAUAAAUAUCUAACUUACAUGUACUACAUUUCAGUUACUGUAAGACAUGGCUGUCCCAGGAAAGAAAGCAUCAAAACAAUUUUUAUUAUCAACAACAUCCAAGGCAUCAGAUGAAGAUCUUCAAGAUAACUGCCAACAUUGUGAUGAUGAAGGAACUAAGGUACCUGCUCAUGAAUACUGUUCAUAUUGCAAGGAACAUCUAUGCGAGAAUUGUUUUAUAAACCAUAAAAAACAUAAACGUUUCAAGCAAGAUACUCUUUCAGUUGCAUUAAGCAUGCCUAAAUCCUUGCAACAGACCACUACAUCCACCUGUACAACCCUGCUUUAUGACCGAACAACAUCCUGUCAAGAACACAACUCAAAACCAAAUGAGGCAAUAUCAACAAAGAAAGCAACAAAGUCAUUGGCUAUUGUAAAACAGAAAACUUUGACAGAUUCUCAAUCUGGGCAAAUAAAUCCUCGGCAAUUUUCAUUCCAGGGAGAAAUCUGUGUGAAGACAUCCAAAGAUUCUGGAUUCCACAAACCAUGCUGGAUAAAGCGAUGCUGGAUAACAGGGAUGACUCUGCUAACUCCAGAUGUUCUUAUCAUCACUGACUACAAUAACAGAGCUGUAAAGAUGGUAGAUACCAGAAGUCAAUCUAUAACUGAUCAACUACAACUAGGUACACAACCUUGGGAUAUCACCAAAAUUACCAGUACAGAACUUGCUGUCACACUUUAUAGACAACAUGAAAUACUGUUUAUAUCAGUGGCAUCAAAAAAACUCAGUACGGAGCGCAGUUUAAAGGUAGACGGAGAUUGUAAUGGUAUCAGCUAUUUCCAAGCUAAACUUGUCGUGUCCAUUUCCAAACCUGCAAAACUCCAAAUUCUUGAUAUGAAUGGUACUACAUUAACAACUAUUGAUGGAAAAGCCAACGGUAUUUUUGAAAACCCAAUUUAUGUAACAACUAACAUUAGCUCUAUAUAUGUAUCUGAUUAUGACUUGAAAACAGUCACAAGAUUAAACUGGCAGGGUGACGUGAUUUCCACAUAUAGUAUGACUAAGAAUAGAGGAAUGUCACUGUCAGAUGAUGGUACUGUCUUUGUAUGUGACAAGGAGAAAAAUGUUAUAGAUGUAAUAUCAGGAGACUGUUCUACAGGAAAGGUUGUGUUACAGGACAGGACAAAUCCCCAUGCUGUAUGCUGGUGUGGAGAAACAAACAAACUGUACUACAGCUGUGAUCCUAGACAAGCGCACUUUAACGACUUUCUUCACAUUUAUAAACUGUCAUAAACUUGAACAAAGAUUAA